AUGGAGCUCAGGUUGCUGAUCUCCUCUCUGCACCGUUAUUACCUUCACAAAUUGCUAUUAUCAAAAUUGAGGCUCAUAACCCACCAGUCAGACUUUGAAUAUCAGGGAAAUGCUAUGGCUGACUUUCAUGUGAAGGCUGCUACUCAGGACAUUUUGGACGCACCAAAUCUCUGUAAUUUAACUGAACUUCGUAAGAUAGAUCCAAAUCAGAUGGGUAGAAGCUCUCUCUGUCAGAAAGCUGAUGCUGCUACUGUAGCAAAGAAAUUAGAAAAUAUUCUCCCACUACAGAGAACUCCAUGCAAAAUUUCAAGUGAUGGAGGCCCUCACUUCACUGAACAGGACAUAAAACAGUUGGACAAGGUUAUUCAGACAUUGUGGUCCUAUCAUUGUCUCUGUCAUCCUCAGUCUUCAGGAAAAGCUGAACAUACCAAUGGAGGUCUUGAAAAAGAAUAUGGUGGUCAGGAAAGCCAACUGCUAAGCUGCAUCAAAACAGCUGUUUCUGCUAGAGACCAUCAGAAAACAGAUGGUACCCUCAAAAGUCCUCAGGUCUUUGGACUUGGACUAGUAUUACACCACUGGCUUUCUUGGGCCUCCAGUUUCCAGACCGCAGAUUAUGGGAAUUCUCAGCCUCCACAAAAACAAUACUCCAUUCCAGGGGCCAUUGCAGAGAUGAGUGCCACUGUCAAGGACUUGAAAGAUGUAAGGGUGAGGAUUCCCACCCAUCCUCACUCAGCUUCCUGAGUACAGCCUGUGUAGAAGACAGAUGGAUCUUGGAGAUUGGCACUGGAUUAUUGUAAAUUAAACCAGGUGGAUACUCAAAUUGCAGCUUCUGUACCAGACGUGGUUUAAUUGCUUAAGCAAAUUAACACAUCCCCUGGUACCUAGUAUGAAGUUAUUGAUCUGACAAAUGCCUUUUUCUCUAUUGUCUGUAAGGUUCACCAAAAACAGCUUGUUUUUAGCUGGCAAGACCAGCAAUACACCUUCACUGUCUUACCUCAGGUUAGGUCAAGCAUAACCCUAUGUCAUUAUUUAGUUCACAGAGAUUUUGAUCACCUGUCUCCACAAGAUGUCACACUGGUCCAUUACAUUGAUGACAUGCCCAUUGAGCAAUAGGUAGCAACUACUUUAGACGCAACAGUGACACAUUUGCAUAUCAAAGGGUGAGAAAUAAAUCCAACAGAAGUUCAAGGAACUCUUGCCUCUGUGAAAUUUUCAGGAGCCCUGUGCUUUGGGUGAUGUUGAGAUAUCUCUUCUAAAAUGAAGGAUAAGUUGUUGCACCUGGUCCCUGCUACAACCAAAAAGGAAACACAAUGCCUAGUGGAGCUCUUUGCAUUUUGGAGGCAACAUAUUCCUCAUCUGGGUGUGUUACUCUGGCCCAUUUACCAAAGGACCUUAAAAUCUGCUAGUUUUCAGUGGAGCCCAGAAAAAGACAAGGCUCUGCAACAGAACAAGAUUUUCGUUCUGUAGCUUGAACCAAAGGAUCCGGCAGCUAUGGUGCAUUAAGAAUUGGUGGCAGAUAGUGAUGCUGUUGAAGCCUUUGGCAGGCCCUUUUAAGUGCAUUGCAACUUAGGAUUUUGAAGCAAUGCCUUGUCAUCCUCAGCAAACAACUAUUCUCCCUUUGAGGAACUUUUUGCCUGCUACUGGGCCUCGGUCGAGACUGAAUACUUAACCAUGAGCCACCAAGUUACCAUGAGAACUCACUUUACCACACAAUAUAUGCUGCCACGUGGCUCAUGGAAUUCACUGGUUUCACCAUGUUCCCCACCACCCUGA